GUAGCCUUAUCAAGAUACCUAACAACAUCUCCCGAGAAACAAAAUGACAACAGUGUUCGUCACAAGUGCAACUGGGAGUCAGGGUAGCGCUCUGUGCAACGAGCUCCGAAAUUUGGGGUGGAAUGUGCGCGCAACGACACGAGAUCUCAACUCGCCUGUGGCACAGUCACUACUCUCAGCAGGCGUACACCUCACCCUAGGCAACUGGGACGAUGAGGACUCGCUACGUAAAGGGCUCGAAGGAAGUAACAAGCUCUUUCUAUGCCUACUACCUAGCCUAACCGAUUUUGAUCAGGCGCCAAGGCGGGCAGCGCUCAUCGCUCGCGUAGCGAGAGAAGUUGGCGUUAACCACGUCGUCUCGUCCACCACGCUUGGUUCAUUCUUAGUCGAGCCAGGAUUCGUGCCGUCUAUCAGACUUGGACCCUUUUUCGAUGCUCAUGUCCGAAGCAAGAAGCGAGUCGAGCAAGCUGCUAUUGACGGUGGAUUUGCGCACUGGACCGUUCUGCGUCCCGGCUUCUUCAUGGCCAACUUCGUCGAGCCCAAAAUCCAGUUCGGUUAUAUCGAAACGAAAGAAGGCUCUUGGACGAACUCCCUAACAGCCGAGUCUCCACUUGGACUCGUCGAUCACCUCGAUAUUGCCCGUUUCGCAGUCGCGGCAUUCCAGGACCCUACCACAUACCACGGUCGGAAGCUAGGUGUUAUUAGCGAGGAGCUUCAAGUGCAGGACGCAAUGGACCAGCUAGCCGAUGCAAUCGGCGAUGGCAGGUCAAUCAAGGCCAUCUUCAUGACCGAUGAGGAGAUCGCACGGGAGCAGGCGAAAGGUUCAUGGUUGUUCUUUUCCUCUGAGCCUUGCUUACGGCACUUGUCUGGCUACACGGAUCUGGAUGAACUGCAGCGGCUCGUUCCAGGGUUAAUGACUUUCAAGGAUUUUCUUAUCCGUGAGAAGGAGGCUGUCAGGGUUACAUAUCUCUCGCUCAUAGACGUACACCCAACCCCGCUUUAA